AUGAGCUCGCCAAAUUACCGUCCCAGUCCGGUCCGCCGGCCCUCCCUCCUCUCUCUCGAUGACAACCAUCACCACUAUCCGCUGGCUACUCGAACCGGUACUCUAGCCUCACUCAUCCGCAGCCGGUCCCAGCAGAGCUUGGUGGGCUCUUGGCCUCCUCCUCCUCCGUCCCAUCGCCAUGGCAGUGACGAUGAAGAAGCCGGUCUGUGGAUGCGUCACGACGAAGACGAUGCCAUUGAACGCCUGCUCAAGGAUGAAAAUCGUCUAAGUCAGAUUCUCAAGGGUCCGUUGGCCAGGAGCAUGAACCUUAUUGGUAAAAGCAAUCCACGAUAUCGGUGGGAGCGUUACUGGAAACAUGAGGAUGAGUUGAAGACCAUGAAGAAACCCAUACGAGAAUACUAUGAGCGAACAAAUGAACUCAUUGAGCAAUACAUGUACAUUGACUGUCUGUUAGACUCGUCAAUCCCCCACGACUUACUCAACGAGUACAAUGCCGAGCUUGAAGCAUCUGCCUUUAAGCCCAUAGACGUUCCAGCCACCAUCACCGAAGAACCCAAUACUUCUCAAUUCUUCUCCGCUUCCGCGUCAUUAUCAGCCUCUCUCUCGGCAUCCUUGGACCACCACCAGCAGAUUUCCGGUUCUUACGGCACCAUCAACGGACACGGAAAUGGCAAUGUAAGCAGUUCCCCCAUCGACGACAACACUAAGCAAGUGGCGUUGCCGCAAAAGCGAACACCAAAGGACAUCUUUCGGUCUUCUGAAAAUCUGCCCUUAUUGAGACAUCACCACGAUGACAGCGAGGACGAGGAGCAGUCUACUCAUGCUCCCGUCACAUCCAACUCGAGCGAUUCUGGUCCGCGACCGAAUCUCCCCUGGCUUGAAGACGCCGACAUUGACAGCGACGAUCCCAUUGUCACCCUCGCCAUCUGGGUGAACAUGGUUGCCAACAUUAUCCUUCUGGUUGGAAAAGUCGUCGUCAUUAUAUCCGUACCUUCCAUGUCCGUUCUCGCCAGUUUGGUCGACGCCGUUCUCGACUUUCUCAGCACGGCCAUUGUGUGGACAACAACACGGCUCAUCUCGGCAGGGCAACAAGACCAGCAUCAUUAUCCCGUAGGACGUCGUCGUUUGGAACCCGUCGGAGUGCUAGUCUUCUCCGUCAUCAUGGUCACAUCCUUUGUUCAAGUCGGUCUCGAAUGUAUUCAACGCUUAGCCAAUCCCGAACACGAGAUUCUUCAGCUCGGCACUCCCGCUAUCAUCAUCAUGAUCGUCACCAUUGUCAUCAAAGGCGGAUGCUGGAUCUGGUGUAGAUUGGUUAAAAACUCUAGCGUCCGAGCCCUAGCCGAAGACGCAAAGACCGACGUCAUUUUCAACAUUGGCUCCAUCUUCUUCCCCAUUGUCGGCUUCUACGGACGAGUUUGGUGGCUCGACGCCGCAGGAGGUCUCCUCCUCUCCCUGGUCGUGAUUCUCACAUGGAGCCAAACAUCCGCCCAUCAUGUGCGCAACCUCACCGGUUUCUCGGCGCAGCCUGAUGAGCGCAAUCUCCUUCUCUACCUUACCAUGCGCUUCGCAACUGCAAUCCGACAGAUCCAGAAUCUGCGCGCCUACCACGCUGGCGAUAAGCUGUUUGUUGAAGUGGAUAUUGUCUUGUCGGCAGUUACGCCGCUCAAGGAUAGCCACGACUUGAGUGAAGUGUUGACUUAUUUCCUGGAGUCGGUGCCUAUUGUGGAUAGGGCCUUUGUGCACGUGGACUAUACGAGCUACAAUGCUCCAACACAUAUGCUUAAACAGAGCCCUGCGUAG